CCCAAGCCAACCUCAUCCCAUAACCACCAAACAGUUUACACCACACUUUCCACUGCACUUCCAUUCAGCAGCGAGCAUGACAGCACCCAAGGAAAAGGCCUGUCUCAUCGUCAUCGACGGUUGGGGCAUCUCCGACCAAGAGGACCCCGCAGGCGAUGCCAUCAGGAACGCCCAGACCCCCGUCAUGUCUGGCUUCGAGAAGAAGUACCCGUUCACGCAACUGGAGGCCCACGGGCACGCCGUCGGGCUACCCGAGGGUCUUAUGGGGAACUCUGAAGUCGGUCACUUGAACAUUGGCGCUGGACGGAUUGUUUACCAGGACAUUGUGCGAAUCGAGCUGGCUAUCAAGCAAAAGAAGCUGAAAGACCAGCCGGCGUUGCAGGCUGCGCUCAAGCGUGCAAAAGAGGGCAACGGCCGUCUCCACCUCCUUGGUCUCGUCUCCGACGGCGGUGUGCACUCCCACAUCGACCACCUUUUCGCUCUCCUCGAGAUCGCAAAGGACUACGGCGUCCCCAAAACCUUCAUCCACUUCUUCGGCGACGGCCGUGACGUGUCCCCGAAGUCUUCCGACAAGUACCUGAAGCAGUUGCUCGAAUUCACCAAGAAGAUCAACUACGGCUCCGUGGCGACCAUCGUCGGGCGGUACUACGCUAUGGACCGCGACAAGCGUUGGGAGCGGAUAAAGAUCGCGUACGAUGGACUGGUUGAGGGGACCGGUGAAAAGUCGGACGAUCCCGUCAAGACGAUCGAGGAACGAUAUGCGAAGGAUGAGACUGAUGAGUUCUUGAAGCCGAUCAUCAUUGGCGAGGAGGGUCGUAUUAAGGAUGACGAUACGUUGAUCUUCUUCAACUACAGGAGUGAUCGUAUGCGGGAGAUCAACCAGGCUCUUGGCGUGGACACUCCUUUCGAGGCCAAGAAGCCCAAGAACAUCGCCAUCACAAGCAUGACCCAGUUCAAAGCCGACUUCCCCUUCCCGGUCAUCUUCCCGCCCCAAACAAUGACCAACGUCCUUGGCGAAUGGCUCGCCAAACAACAAGUCCCACAAUGCCACAUCGCCGAAACGGAGAAAUACGCGCACGUUACCUUCUUCUUCAACGGCGGCACCGAGGCCCAGUACCCGCUCGAAGACCGCGUCAUGAUCCCCUCCCCCAAAGUCCCCACCUACGACAAACAGCCCGAGAUGUCUGCCAUCGAGGUUGCGCAGAAGGUCGCCGAGAUUGUGGAGACUGACAAAUACCCGUUUGUGAUGUGCAACUUUGCACCCCCGGAUAUGGUUGGCCAUACGGGUGUGUAUGACGCUGCGAUUAAGGGCGUGGAGGCGACGGACAAGGGGAUUGGAAUCAUUUACGAGGCGUGCAAGCGCGCGGGGUAUGUGUUGUUUGUGACGGCGGACCAUGGGAAUGCAGAGAAGAUGUUUGGGGAUGAUGGGCAUCCGCAUACCGCCCAUACUUGCAACAAGGUCCCUUUCGUCAUGACAUCCGACAAAUUCAAAUUCAUCCCGAACAAAAUCGGCGCCCUCGCCGACGUCGCGCCUACCCUCCUCGACGUCAUGGGGCUGCCCAUCCCGGACGACAUGACCGGAUCCUCUGUGUUGCAGAAGUAGACGGAGAGAUGGGAGUUUUGACUAGGAGUUUUUACUGAUACGCAAUUAACUCGUGUCUCUUGCCUCGGGUUUUAUCAUCAUGUUUUGAUUGCACUGCACGUUUUUCCCACUCCCCCUUGCAUAGGUAGAGUUUGUAGAGAUGUAGGACUUGAAUGACAGGUGCUUUAUCUUUUUUUCAAAUCCGUCUUGAACGUGGGAGAGCGUCUCUCGGGAUGG